AUGGCCAGCCAGGGUGUCAACGUCUUCCGCUACUCGGCUCUCGUCGCCGGUAUCGUCUACGGUGUCUACCACCAGUCUUCGCUCAACUCCAUCGCGAAGCGCACAGAGAUCGAGCAUGAGUACGCACGCAAGGAGCGCCUGAUCGAGCAGGCUAAGGCCGAGUGGAAGAAGAAGACCCAGCCCCAGGAGGUUCCGCAACAAUCUACCGGCCGUAUGUACCAUCCCAAUAUGUUCAAUGGCACUGUUGCAUCGUCUUCCGAAGAAGCCGCGGUGUAUUCUCUUUAUUCAGUGCUAAUCACUUUCUCUCCUACAGUCAUCACCGACCCCGAGAACCCCAAGUUCGACCUCGAAGCCUUCCUGAAGGCCCAGGCCUAA